AUUCAUAUGGCCAUUGGACAGGGCAACUGCAUUCAAUGGGUCAUUGGACAGGCCAACUGCAUUCAAUGGGCCAUUGGACACGGCAACUGCAUUCAAUGGGUCAUUGGACAGGCCAACUGCAUUCAAUGGGCCAUUGGACACGGCAACUGCAUUCAAUGGGCCAUUGGACAGGCCAACUGCAUUCAAUGGGCCAUUGGACAGGCCAACUGCAUUCAAUGGGCCAUUGGACAGGCCAACUGCAUUCAAUGGGCCAUUGGACACGGCAACUGCAUUCAAUGGGUCAUUGGACAGGCCAACUGCAUUCAAUGGGCCAUUGGACACGGCAACUGCAUUCAAUGGGCCAUUGGACAGGCCAACUGCAUUCAAUGGGCCAUUGGACAGGCCAACUGCAUUCAGUGGGCCAUUGGACAGGGCAACUGCAUUCAGUGGGCCAUUGGACAGGCCAACUGCAUUCAAUGGGCCAUUGGACAGGGCAACUGCAUUCAGUGGGCCAUUGGACAGGCCAACUGCAUUCAAUGGGCCAUUGGACAGGGCAACUGCAUUCAAUGGGUCAUUGGACACGGCAACUGCAUUCAAUGGGCCAUUGGACACGGCAACUGCAUUCAAUGGGCCAUUGGACAGGCCAACUGCAUUCAAUGGGCCAUUGGACAGGCCAACUGCAUUCAAUGGGCCAUUGGACAGGCCAACUGCAUUCAAUGGGCCAUUGGACAGGCAAACUGCAUUCAGUGGGCCAUUGGACAGGCAAACUGCAUUCAGUGGGCCAUUGGACAGGGCAACUGCAUUCAAUGGGCCAUUGGACAGGGCAACUGCAUUCAGUGGGCCAUUGGACAGGGCAACUGCAUUCAAUGGGCCAUUGGACAGGGCAACUGCAUUCAGUGGGCCAUUGGACAGGGCAACUGCAUUCAGUGGGCCAUUGGACACGGCAACUGCAUUCAGUGGGCCAUUGGACACGGCAACUGCAUUCAGUGGGCCAUUGGACAGGGAAACUGCAUUCAGUGGGCCAUUGGACAGGGAAACUGCAUUCAGUGGGCCAUUGGACAGAGCAACUGCAUUCAUCGGGCAGGGAAACACUGCAUACGUCAAUAAUGCCAUUCAGAAGCUUCCCAUUGGGAAUCAUCAGGACUUGGAAGAAGAGGAGAAUCAGGACCCACUAAUCCUCCUGGAAGAGCAGCUGGCAGAAGGCCAAGAGAAGCUUAGUGAGCUGUGCCAGUCUCAGUCUGGGCACUGUGGCGAGGAGGAGACCAGUGUUCUAGAGUUUGUAAUAAAGACUGAGAAGGAGGAAGAACAACAUUCUAGAUUCAGUCAGGCUGGAUGUCAGAGGAGCACAGUAAAGCAGCAGAACCCCGUGAGCUCUGAAUUUGUAAUGGAUGAAAGAGACAGUCAACUGUGGUCGUCUAUAGUUCAAGGGAAUGAUGACAUAGUCAUAGAGACUGACUUUCCUGAUUUCUCUUAUGUAGCCGACCAGUAUUCAGAGAGUUUUCCAGAUCGCUCCGAGGCUCAGCCUCAGCCACAGCCCCUCUCUAGCCCAGUGGAAGGCCCUAGUAAAUCAGCCAUCUCACCUUUACAUAGAUCGUGCAAUGGAUCAAUGUACAACAAAGUCUUUCAGAAAGAGAAAGUAAGUGCAUCUCAGUCUGUGUCUAGUUCUUUUCAGUGCCGACCGCAGAUCAACCAUUCACAGCAGCAGACCAGGCAGAGAGAUCAGGUGUUCUCCCAGAGGAAUAAUCACAUCCCACCGUCCAGGCCUCAAGACACUGGACACACAGCAGAGCGAAGCUUUGGACUGAGUGACACUGACAGACCAACUGCCUCCCAUUUAGGGAUUCGAUUGAACAAUAACACUUUUACACCAGGUGGCCUCAGAAGCUUCUCUAUGCCUCAUUAUAAUACGAAAAAUCACUGGGGUACAGCCAUAACAGAGAAGGUUUUCAGUUGCUCGCAGUGUGGCAAGAGUUUUAGUCGCCUGUCCUAUCUCAAGAUACAUCAGCGAAGUCACACGGGAGAGAGGCCGUUUCGGUGCACCGUCUGCGGGAAGAGUUUUCACUGCUCCUCGCACCUGACUAUACACCACCGCAUUCACACGGGAGAGAGACCCUAUAGCUGUGCCACGUGUGGGAAAAGGUUUACCCAGCAGAGCAGUCUCAAGACGCACCAGAGUGUCCACAGUGGAGAGAGACCAUAUGGUUGCUCUCAGUGUGGCAAGACUUUCACUCUUCUGCACCAUCUGAAGAGGCACAGGAUUAUUCAUGCUGGGUAUAGCUGAGUGGGUCAUUUAUUAUUAUUAUUAUUAUUAUUAUUAAACCUCUAUCCACUAAGUCUGUAAAUAUGGUCCUCAAAGCUGAAUUUAAGAUAGUUAUUGGUUUUACUUUAGCAAUGAAAAUAGUUCAAGAAAAAUUAGAACUUUGAUGUUUUAUGCUAUUUUCAACACUACAGAAACAUUUCAUUAAAUAAAAUACACAUCGAAUAGUUUUGCAUCAGGCCUUUUAAAUAAACUAUGAAAAUCGGUACUCCAUAA